UAUUUAGCUCAGCAGGCCUUUCUCCACUGGGUGUGUCAAUAUCUGCUGCAAGAUACCGUAAGCUUCCUUCCUCGUCAGAGUUCUUAUAGCUGAACACAACGCCUUUCACACACACAGGAUGGAUGGUAACACACACUCCAGCAUCAGCAGCAAGAGGGUGCUCUGAGAGGGGCAGAAUCUCCAGGAAACAUUAGCAGGUUGGAGAGAGAGAGUUUGAUUGCCUGAGCGACUCUGCGAUCGAGUCCAUUCAGUGAGAUUCAAAUUGCUCCUCCAGUCCACCAUCGCCAAGUGACCAAUGGAUUUCCUGCACAGCCUCAGCUCCCCCGCAUCCUGCCCAUCCCUUUACAGCCGCAGCAACAACAGCAUCAUCGUGGAGCACUACAACUACACGGGCAGGCUCCAGUACCGAAAACCGGACAAGAGUGGGGUCGGCGUGCUGUCGGCCAUCUUCCUGUGCUUCAGCAUCUUCAUCAUCCUGGAGAACCUGCUGGUGCUGCUGGCCGUGCUUUUCCACGUGCGCCAACGCCAGCGUUGGGUUUUCAUCUGCAUUGCUAACAUCGCGCUUAGCGACUUGCUAACCGGAGCCACAUAUGUGGUCAACAUUUGCUUGUCUGGUGGUCAGACCUUCAAGCUGAGCCCACUUCUUUGGCUCUUGAGGGAGGGGCUUCUCUUUGUAGCUCUGGCAGCCUCCAUCUUUAGCCUUUUGCUAAUCGCUGUGGAGCGCUACGGCACCAUGAUGAAGCCAGUCCACCAAAAGUCAGCUAAGAAGACUUACCGCGUCUACCUGAUGGUGGCGCUGUGCUGGCUAAUGGCCUUCGCUAUCGGCUUCCUGCCUCUUCUGGGCUGGAACUGCGUGUGCGACCUACGCAGCUGCUCCACGCUCCUGCCGCUCUACUCUAAAAGCUACAUCCUGUUCGCUUUGGUCAUUUUCUUUAUCAUUCUCUUGACCAUCGGCGCGCUCUAUUUCGCCAUCUACUGGCACGUCCGAAGCAGCACAGACGCAAGCUCGUUCCGAAACCGGAAGCGCUCUCUCCGGCUCCUCAAAGCGGUCAUAUCCAUCGUGGGAAUCUUCAUCGUGUGCUGGGGGCCCCUGUUCAUCCUUCUCUUGGUGGACUACUACUGCUAUUCCCGCCGCUGCAGCGCCCUCUUCAGCCCACAGUGGGUAAUAGCCCUAGCCGUGCUCAACUCAGCCAUGAACCCCCUCAUCUAUUCCUUCGGCAGCCUGGAGCUGCGCAAGGCCAUCGCCAGCCUGCUGUGCUGCUGCUGCUUGAAGGUGGGCAUUCUCAACCCCAAGAGCUUCAUGUCCAAAGAGACUUCCAGCACGUCGGGCAGUCGGCACAGCAGCCUCCGAAACAGCUUCAGCAAAGUGAGGAAUCUGAGCACGAGUCCGCAGCCUCAGCCCAAGAAUGGCAGGAAACCCAGACUGAGCUCCACCACGUCCUGCCUGUCUGCGUCGAGCGGUUAGACCACACAGGGGAAGGUGUGGGCCUUCACUGCCACAGGACGCAGCACCGUUCCACCCCAACGGACACGCACACGCCGCACACACACACACAUACACACACACACACACACACAUUAUAUAUAUAUUUUUAUAUAUAUAUAGUUUUAGACUUAUUUCUUGACUUCCUAACAAUUUUGCACAGUACUGUUUAUAUAUACACAAACAUAUAUAUAUAUAUGUAUAUACAAACACACACACGCACAUAUAUAUUAAUGCACUUGUUAGCUUCAGCUCAGGGUUUGUGUUUCCUUCUCAGCAGUUGUGAAAUCCAUUGUAUAUACAAACAGAGUGUGUGUGUGUGUGUGUGUGUGUGUGUGUGUGUGUGUGUGUGUGUGUGUGCGUGUGUGUGUGUGUGGUUGAUGAGCCACGAUAAAAGAAAAGGCGGUUUCUGUACACGGAUCUGAUACUGAAAGACUGCAGAGGCGUGUAAAACCUCUAACAGUCAGGAAGCCUUUUAAUGUCGUGUUUUUAUUGUGGUUUUAACCGUGAUUUGUGAUACUGCUAUAGAUGUUGUGUACAAUUCAUAUAUGUACAGUAAACAUCAUUUAAUGCCAACGUUUAUAUCACUUAUUUUAACUAGAGAAAGGCUUAUGAGAUAUAUGCACAAGUUAAGGUUUGACGGAGACGAUGAAGAUGUUGAUGUAACUGAGAGCUGGAUUCUGUUUAAAUACUGUAAAUGAUGUGCAAUGUCAGAAUGUUGUAUAAUGUCUACUUCUAUAUCUGAAAUAAAGAGAACUAUUUUGUUUGAA